AUGACGGCGACAGCCUCAUCGUCGGCGUCGACCAACUCGACCACCGCCCCAGGUGACCAGGAAUCCCAGCGCAUCUCGGCCCCGACCAAGGUCACCUACCUCCGACGACUGACUGACCAGGCCGGCGUGACGGAAGCGGUCCUCAACCACAAGUAUGCCGGGCACGGGACGGAGGAGUCCCCCUACCUCGUCGAGUUCGUCGAGGACGACCCGUACAACGGCAUGAACAUGUCGCUGUCGCGCAAGUGGUUCAUCACCGUCGUCCAGGCGCUGGCCACGCUCUCGGUGGCCUUUGCCAGCUCGGCCUACUCGGGCGGCGUGAGCGAGGUCAUCGUCGAGUUCGGCAUCUCCAAGGAGGUCUCCAUCCUGGGCGUCUCCAUGUUCGUCCUCGGCUUCGCCAUCGGCCCGCUGCUGUGGGCCCCGCUGUCGGAGACGUACGGGCGGCAGAAGACCUUCUUCGUCACCUACAUGGCGCUGACCGCCUUCAACGCCGGCACGGCCGGGGCCGAGAACAUCGAGACGCUCAUCCUGCUGCGCUUCUUCGCCGGCGCCUUCGGCUCGUCGCCGCUGACCAACUCGGGCGGCGUCAUCGCCGACAUCUUCGGCCCCAACCAGAUCGGCCAGGCCACCGGCGUCUUCGCCAUGGCGCCCUUCCUCGGCCCCAGCAUCGGCCCCAUCGCCGGCGGCUUCCUGGGCGAGCACGCCGGCUGGCGCUGGGUCGAGGGCAUGAUCGCCAUCUUCACCGGCGUCAUGUGGAUCGUCAACACCGUCUGCUACCCCGAGACCUACGCCCCCGUCCUGCUCCAGCGCCGCGCCGCCGAGCUGUCCAGCCGGACCGGCCAGGUCUACGUCUCCAAGCUCGAGGCCGGCAUGCCGCGCAAGACGGUCGCCGACCGCUUCCGCCUGGCCCUCUCGCGGCCCCUCGUCCUGCUCUUCACCGAGCCCAUCGUGCUGCUGCUGUCCAUCUACAUGGCCAUCAUCUACGGCACCCUGUACCUCUGCUUCGCCGCCUUCCCCAUCGUCUUCCAGCAGGUCCGCGGCUGGAGCCCCGGCAUCGGCGGCCUCGCCUUCAUCGGCCUGGCCGUCGGCAUGACCAUCGCCACCCUCAGCACCACCGUCGACAACAACAAGCGCUACGCCCGCGUCGCCGCCGCCGCCGGCGGUGCCGCGCCCCCCGAGGCCCGCCUGCCCCCGGCCAUCGUCGGCUCCUUCCUCAUCCCGGUCGGCAUGUUCUGGUUCGCGUGGACGAACGGGCCCGACAUCCACUGGGCCGUCUCCAUCGUCGGCUCGGCCGUCUUCGGCGGCGGCAUCGUCCUCGUCUUCCUCUCGCUCAUGACCUACAUGAUCGACUCCUACGUCAUCUACGCCGCCUCCGUCCUGGCCGCCAACUCCGUCCUCCGCUCCCUCUUCGGCUGCGCCUUCCCCCUCUUCACCACCUACAUGUACGAGGACCUCGGCAUCCACUGGGCCAGCUCCAUACCCGCCUUCCUCGCCGUCGCCUGCAUACCCUGCCCCUUCCUCUUCUACCGCUACGGCCCCGCCAUCCGCGCCAGGUGCAAGUACACUGCCGAGGCCGCCGCCCUCCUCAAGCAGAUGCGCAGCCGCAGGGCUCCCCCCGGCGAGUCCGAGACCUUGGCUGAGGUUGAGAUGGUUAGGACCCAGAGCAAUGCCCACGUUGCUCACUAG